CAUGCAUCAGCACCAAAUUAGCAGAACCGAAAGUAAAAGUUUAAAAAGCUUGGGCCAGUUUCACUAGACUGGUGAAGCUUGUAGAUCGCUGUCUCAACAACAAUGUCUGCUGCCAUUCCUUACAGCCACACGGAAUAUAACCACUGGCAGGGAACUCCAGGCCAGUCUGCCACAGUGAGUUGGAAGCGUUAUGAGUGGCAGCUGUCAGAUGGCCACCGAUAUCUGCGCAUUGACAACGACCAUGUGAUCGAGGCCCACUACUGCCAACCAGGAGCGAAAGGGAUCACCAUCAACACAGCCAGCCAUGGGAAGGUGUCCAUUGACUUUGACAGGUUACAGACUCAGAGUGCUGCUGUCAGGGUGCACAGGCUCACCUUCCUACCUCAGGGCCAGGCGGAGGACAUCGGCUGGUACUUCAGAGACGACAAGAUUUGGAGGGAAUAUGGAUCCCAGGGCACCAGCAGCUCCGUCUCUUCUGUCAGCAGUACAGACAUAGAGCAUCAGUUCACUCUAAACCCUCAGGGGGCCUUCAGCUUCACUGUGGGCUCCAUAUCCUACAUCCUGGAUUUUUCCACCAUGACUCAAACAAACCACCACACGGGCGUGCACAGGAAUGUCCGGAGACGUCCAAAAUUCAUUUCCACGGCUUCCCAUACAGGGAGCCUCUUGUCAGCUUCAGUGCUUCCCACAGCUUCCUCCUCACAGCUCCCUGCCACCAGCUACAAGUGGGAGUUCAUGGGAGAGGAGGGGAUGUGGUCAGAAUAUCAAGCUCAUAUAUGUGCGUAUGACAGCGCUGCCAUUGAGAGGCAGUAUCAGCAGAACCCACAGGGCCAGCUGCACUUCAGGAUCAACAGAUUCUCAUACACCCUGAAUUUCUCAACAAUGCAGCAAGUCAACAACAGCAUCGGGACCCCAAGAGCAGUGAGGAGGACCGCUGUCGACGGGAGUCAGCAGAAUAGCAGCCUCUUGUCAGCUUCAGUGCUUCCCACAGCUUCCUCCUCACAGCUCCCUGCCACCAGCUACAAGUGGGAGUUCAUGGGAGAGGAGGGGAUGUGGUCAGAAUAUCAAGCUCAUAUAUGUGCGUAUGACAGCGCUGCCAUUGAGAGGCAGUAUCAGCAGAACCCACAGGGCCAGCUGCACUUCAGGAUCAACAGAUUCUCAUACACCCUGAAUUUUUCAACAAUGCAGCAAGUCAACAACAGCAUCGGGACCCCAAGAGCAGUGAGGAGGACCGCUGUCGACGGGAGUCAGCAGAAUAGCAGCGUUGGUGCACAGCCACAAUGGCAGUUCCUAGACGUCAGUGGAAUAUGGAACAAUUAUUUCAAGGGACAUGACGGAUGCAGCAUUUCCAGUCAGGACAUCGAGAUCCAGUAUCAGCAAAACCCACUCGGCACCAUGACAUUUACUACCGUGAACUUUAACUACGAGCUGGACUUUUCAGCCAUGACUCAGAGGAACCUGUCCACAAACACCACCAGAUCAGUUCGGCGGAUCUAGCCGUGACUGAGACGACAGGUGCCGAGGUCGGGAGUGAACUUGGUGUUGGUCCUGUGAGUCAGUAAAGCCUCUUACCUCACUGCCUGCUCCAGUUCCUCUCCCUAGGCGAAACCAGAGUGGUUCAACCACAUUUCUAACAUGCAAACACAUGCAGUCAAAGUAAUUUAAAUAUGGGACAUUGACUGUAAGAGGGAUACUGAAUAUUGUUUGUGUUAAUUUUUGGAUUGAUUGGUUUUCUCUGUUUUACUCAAAACAUCUGGUACUGUUUUUUUUGCAACGAAACUGUUACAUAUGAAAUCAGAUUUUACUAGUUAAUUACAGAAAGCUAAAGACAAAGGUAAUCUUUGUAUUUAAUGUAAUACUGCCUAUUUGUUGUGCAAGUGGCCACCAGCCAUGAGGUAUUUCCUCAACUUCUUCUUUGCUACUGCAUAUAACUGGUUUAUAAUGCGUUGAAAGUGCACUUUUUUAUUCUCCAAUAAAGCAUGAUGUUCUAG